AUGGGAGAAAGAAAAUUAGAAAUAUGGAGAGGAAAUUUAAUAGAAAUAAUGUUUUCCACUGUACUGCUCCUAGCAGGCACAGUGGUUUGUACCGGAGCUUUCCUGGAUUCGUUCAGUCUAUUCAACCUCAACAAUUGCUCUUCGACAGAUUUUCAUUGCAGCAACAGUCGAUGCAUUGCCAAUCACGCUCGUUGCGAUGGUUCGAACGAUUGUGGCGAUUUCAGUGAUGAAAAAGAUUGCGAAAUGAUGCUGUGUAAAGAACCCCACUAUUUCCGUUGCAAAAACCAGCGAUGCAUUUCGAAAGCGUUCGUAUGCGACGACGAAAACGAUUGCGAGGAUUUUUCGGACGAAAUAAACUGCGAACACUUUAAGACAGACCACAUUUUACUAAACUCCACAUGCGCAGCUGGUGAAUGGCAGUGUACUGAUAAAAUUUGUAUACCAGAGGACUGGGUUUGCAACCAGGAAGUGGAUUGCCUGGAUGGGUCUGAUGAAGGUGUCGGGUGCACUCUUAAGGAGAAAAACUGCGAUGGUUUUAGAUGUAACAAUAAAAGAUGCGUCCCAAACGAAUGGAGGUGCGACGGUCACGACGAUUGUUCAGACAACAGUGACGAAAUGGAUUGUGAACACCAUUUCGAUCUGAAAGAUUGCACGCUUGACAAGAAAAUGUUUCUUUGUCUCGAUGGAAAAGCUUGCGUCGAUUUCAAGAAAGUUUGCAACAAUCGCAACGAUUGUUUGGAUAAGUCCGAUGAAGGCGGUCUUUGUGGCAACUCAGCGCUCACGUGCUCCAGCCAUAACUGCACCCAUGACUGCGUACAACUACCCACAGGCCCUAAAUGCUUAUGCCCGAUUGGUUAUCACAAUAUCGAUGAAAAGUCUUGCCAGGAUAUCAACGAAUGUGAAGAAUACGGUAUAUGUGAUCAAAAGUGUAUAAACAAAGACGGCUCCUACGAGUGCUACUGCGACCACAAAUACGUGCUGCAAGACGACAAGAAAACGUGUAAAGCUGUCGGCGGAGAAGCCACAAUGAUCUUCACUUCAAAGACGCAAAUCAGGUCUUAUCUUUUGACCAGCAACUUACUUUUUCCAAUAGCUAGAGACCUGAAACAAGUAGUAGGCAUCAGUUCGGACGGUCACCAUAUUUACUGGACCGAUGUGCAUGCCGAACACGAAAGUAUCGUACGAGCCUUGGAAGAUGGAUCAGACCGAGAGAUUCUUGUUACUUCCGGUCUGGGUCUACCAGAAGACCUCAAAGUCGAUUGGUUGACUGGAAAUAUCUACUUUACCGAUGCUGAUAAGCAACAUAUUGGAGUUUGCAAGAGCGAUGGAUCGCAUUGCGCCGUUUUGAUUAACACCGACAUUAGGAAACCUAGAGCUAUUGUGCUUAACGUCGAUGAUGGAACAAUGUUCUGGUCAGAUUGGGCAAAACCGUCAGAAAUAGCGACAGCUCAAAUGGAUGGCACCAGUUCCAGGCCUUUUCUGCGCGACGACAUUCACUGGCCCAAUGGAUUAGCCCUGGACUACCCCAACUCGAGACUCUAUUGGACGGAUGCUAAAAAAAUGACGCUCGAAAGUAUUCUAUUGGAUGGCACUGACCGAAGGGUCAUCCUGCAAGACAUCGUUAAACACCCCUUUGCAAUUGGCGUAUUCGAAAACCGUCUGUAUUGGUCCGACUGGGAAACGCACUCCAUCGAUUCCUGCGACAAAUUCACCGGCAAAAAUCAUCACACUCUAAUCAAAGAACACAAAGAUUUUAUUUACGGAUUGAGCAUCUACCACUCCGUGGAACACAAAACCUUAGGAAAGCACGCUGUUACUGCACUAAAAUCUGUUGUCGACGAUGCUGGCGCCCUUACUUACGACAGUACGAACCACAGCAUUUUUAUAAGCGAUUUGGCCUCAGGGAAGAUUAUGGAAUUCAAUUUGCAUACGCAAGAAAGUCACGAGCUACCGUUGAAAGGACUGGGAAAGGUUAUGUCGAUGGAUUAUGAUCCCACUGGUAACAACUUGUACAUCUGCGAUUACUCGAAAAGCACCCUUGAAGUAAUCAGCCUGACCACCAUGGCUCAAAAAGUCCUUAUUCAUGAUGCCGACAAUGAAACACCCCAAUUUGUAUCAGUAGUCCCUCAGGAAGGCGUAAUGUUUGUCUCCUUCUACGACAAAAUCAAAGAACAAUCGCACAUUGACCGGAUGGCCAUGGACGCGACCGGCAGGACGCACAUUGUAGAACGCGGUUUAGUGGGUCCAGUGGCGUUGCAUUACGACGCGCACUAUCACCGAUUGUUUUUCGCCGACGCUGCCACUGGCGACAUCGAGCACACCAACGUGGACGGCGACGAGCGACACUUGUUUAAGAGCGCGCACACUACGAUUUCCGACUUGACAACGUUGGACGCGGACUUGUUUUGGACCAAUGCCUUUUCCAGGAAGUUGUAUUGGGCCGAUAAGAGUUCCGGAUCGAAUAGCCAGAAAAUAACUCUAGAUAUUCCCAGUCAUCCUGGUACUGUGGACCGAGUCCACGUAGCAUCAGUGACGCCACAAGUUCACGUCAGCAGUCCGUGUCAGCACAACAACGGCAAUUGCAGCCAUAUUUGCCUGUCAGCUCGCAAAACGGUCGUGUGCGCAUGUCCUGCUAGAAUGACCCUUGCCAGCGAUAAUAAGCUGUGUUUACACCGAAAUGAGUGCGACACUCACGAGUUUCUAUGUCCGCUGUCCAAUGUUUGCAUCUUGGGUACGUUGAAAUGUAACGGGAAAACGGAUUGUCCUUUGGGCGAGGACGAGGAGGAUUGUAGGAAGUCGGUGCAAUGUCCUCUCGGAUUUUUCGGAUGUGGCGAUGGACAAUGUAUACCGGAAAAAGACGUCUGCGAUCAUAAAUACGACUGUCAAGACAAAUCAGACGAGCACCAAUGCAACGGCAAACAUUGCCCGCCAAAUCAUUUCACGUGCGGUGACGGCAGUUGCGUCGCUGAUCGUUUCGUUUGCGACGGAAUGGCCGAUUGCACCGACAGAUCAGACGAAAGCAACUGUUUGACCAGCACGUGCGACUCGUCACAAUUCCGUUGCGACUCUGGCGAAUGCAUCCCGAGAACGUGGGAAUGCGAUCACGACUACGACUGCAGAGACUUGUCGGAUGAACAUUCGGAAUGCGUCGCUGCCACCUGCGCAGCGCACAUGUUCACUUGCGACAACGGAAAGUGUAUCGAUCAGUCACUAGUCUGCGACCAAUCAAACGAUUGCGGCGAUCGCUCUGACGAAUCGCAAUGCUUCUUGCCUGUCGACACUCAUCGUUGUCAAGAAGAUGAAUUUUCUUGUACCAAUCAGAGUAUUUGCUUGAGUCAGGAGGCGAAAUGUAACGGCACCGCAGAAUGUCCAAUGGGCGAAGACGAAAGAGGAUGCUCGACUUGCGGCCUAGAGUCGUUUGAGUGUGCCAACAAAAAAUGCAUCUCGGAUUUGUGGGUUUGCGAUGGUUCGGAUGAUUGUGGCGAUCACAGCGACGAAAACGCGACUCUGUGCGAAUCUAGAGUUCAUAAACCGAUGGGACAAUCCAGGUUUAGUCAUCUACCGUGCGACGAUGGAUUCAGGUGUAAAUCAGGCGCUUGUAUUCCUUUGGAGCUACUCUGCAAUAAUAAACACGACUGUUUCGAUGAGUCUGAUGAGGGUGGAUUGUGUUCGAAAUCUUGCGACGCCAUUAACAAUCCUUGUGAUCAGGAGUGUAUCAGGACACCGUCCGGACCUAUGUGUAGAUGCAAACCAGGAUAUAGGUUGAUGGGUGAUGGUCAUACCUGUAAGGACAUCAACGAAUGCGAACAAGAUCCACCGGUUUGCAGUCAACUUUGUCAGGACCGCGAAGGCGGUUUUACAUGCGAUUGUUAUCAGGGAUUCAUCCUAAGAUCCGACAAGAAAUCUUGCAAAUCCAUCGGCGAGCCCAUGUCCGUAAUGUACACCUUGGACAAUCAAAUUCGUGAAAUAUCCCAAAAAACAAACUCGCUGAAAAUUUUGUAUUCGGAAGAAAUGCCAAAAAUCACCGAUUUGGAAGUGGCAGUGCGCGAAAACUCCAUUCUGUUCACCAUAGAAAACUCACCAACUCUUCAAAAAAUCAACACAAACACCAUGAAGCGGCAAUACAUCGAACAUAUAGGCUAUCCAAGAAAAAUCGCUUAUGAUUGGUCCACGGGGCACAUCUACUACUACAACGCCCUCUCCGAUGACAAAUCCAUAAGCGUGUGCAGUUUUGAAGCGAUGGCGUGCGCAAAAUUGAUCGACGUUGAUAUUCACUUGCACGUGUCAGAACUAACAGUGGACUCGGUCAAUCGGGUACUUUUCUACUCGCUCACUAGUUGGUGGGUGUUUAAUGUACCCAGCUACGUUCUAUACAAGGCCAACUUGGACGGUACCGGUGUUACAGAGAUUGUCAAAAGUACCCACGGAUUUAUUUCCGGUCUGUCGUACGACUUGAACAAGAAGCAAGUUUACUAUGCUGACCAACAUCAAGGCCAAAUUCUCAAAAUCAGUUACGAGGGCAAACAGAAGACCACGCUAUUCUCCAACCUCACCCAUCCUUCUAGUUUGAAGUUUUUCGAAAACACUUUAUACUUUGCAACGAGUAAUGGAGACAUUUCAAAAUGCUUAUUGUAUGGCACCAGGCUGUGUGAAACCUUCCAAAUCUCGGCUCACAGUUACGGUCUGUUUACGUUGGUACAGGAAGGACUGCAACCUCCGUUGGAGAACCCCUGCAAGAAUAGUAGCUGUCACUUUAUGUGCGUGGCUAGUAGUUCGCGCUACAAGUGUCUGUGUGAAGAUGGCAGCAUUGUCGGAGAGAAGGAAAAAUGCAGUAACAAAUAUAAAACCAACUCUGGAAAACCUAUCGAGUUCCAUUCGGUGGAUUCAAAGUCAGAUGGCGACAGUGCUACCUCAAAAACUGUACUUUCCAUACUUCUAAUUUCGGUUUGUCUGAUACUAGUCGGCUUUGGACUGGUCACUUAUGCUAGAAAACGGCAAGGGGCAGAUCGAUUCCAUCUAAGAAUGCGUUUCAUCAAUCCAAUUUACAAGAGAAAUGCCGCUGAUGGUCUGGAAAAGCCGAUUCUUAUGCCUGGCGAGCAUGAAUACACAAAUCCGGCGUUGAUGGAUAGGAUGAAAGAUGAUGAAAUAGACGGGCAAAAAAAUUCAACUGCCCUUAUUGAAGUCUGAAAUCUCUUUACUCUGUGAAUGUCUCUCUUUUUUUAAUGUUCCUUCAAUUUUUUUUGUGUCGUGUUGCAUGUUUUUAAGGCACCCUUUAUUUUAAUUAGUUUUAUUUUUAUUGUGCCAAUUUUAGUGUAAUUUUAAUUAUUCCUCACAAUACAAGUCUGAAUUUUAUGU